GAUCCUGAUGUGUCUCUAGAAAAACAAAUCCAGUUUGCUGAUGACAUGCAGGAGUUCACCAAAUUCCCCACCAAGACAGGCCGCCGCUCUCUGUCGAGGUCCAUCUCUCAGUCCUCCACUGACAGCUACAGCUCAGCUGCGUCCUACACAGACAGCUCUGAUGAUGAGGUCUCCCCCCGGGAUAAGCAGCAAACCAACUCCAAGGGCAGCAGCAAUUUCUGCGUGAAGAACAUCAAGCAGGCAGAAUUUGGACGCCGGGAGAUUGAGAUCGCAGAGCAAGACAUGUCUGCUCUGAUUUCACUCAGGAAACGCGCUCAGGGGGAGAAGCCCUUGGCUGGUGCUAAAAUAGUGGGCUGUACACACAUCACAGCCCAGACUGCGGUGUUGAUUGAGACGCUCUGUGCGCUGGGGGCCCAGUGCCGCUGGUCUGCCUGCAACAUCUACUCCACGCAGAACGAAGUGGCUGCAGCACUGGCUGAGGCUGGGGUUGCAGUGUUCGCGUGGAAGGGCGAGUCGGAAGAUGACUUCUGGUGGUGCAUUGACCGCUGUGUGAACAUGGACGGGUGGCAGGCCAACAUGAUCCUGGAUGAUGGGGGAGACUUAACCCACUGGGUUUAUAAGAAGUAUCCAAACGUGUUUAAGAAGAUCCGAGGCAUUGUGGAAGAGAGCGUGACUGGUGUGCACAGGCUGUAUCAGCUCUCCAAAGCGGGGAAGCUCUGCGUUCCAGCCAUGAACGUCAAUGAUUCUGUUACCAAACAGAAGUUCGAUAACUUGUACUGCUGCCGAGAGUCCAUUCUGGAUGGCCUGAAGAGGACCACAGACGUGAUGUUUGGUGGGAAGCAGGUGGUGGUGUGUGGCUACGGUGAGGUGGGGAAGGGCUGCUGUGCUGCUCUCAAGGCCCUCGGAGCCAUCGUCUACAUCACAGAGAUCGACCCCAUCUGCGCUCUGCAGGCCUGCAUGGACGGGUUCCGGGUGGUAAAGCUCAGUGAAGUCAUCCGGCAGGUGGACGUGGUGAUCACCUGCACAGGAAACAAGAACGUAGUGACGCGGGAGCAUCUGGACCGCAUGAAAAACAGUUGUAUCGUGUACAUGGGCCACUCCAACACGGAAAUUGACGUGACCAGCCUGCGCACCCCGGAGCUGACGUGGGAGCGGGUCCGUUCUCAGGUGGACCAUGUCAUCUGGCCCGACGGCAAGCGCGUCGUCCUGCUGGCAGAGGGCCGCCUGCUCAACCUGAGCUGCUCCACAGUCCCCACCUUUGUGCUGUCCAUCACGGCUACCACACAGGCUUUGGCACUGAUAGAGCUCUACAAUGCACCUGAGGGACGCUACAAGCAAGACGUGUACUUGCUGCCCAAGAAAAUGGAUGAGUACGUUGCCAGCUUGCACCUGCCAUCAUUUGAUGCCCACCUGACAGAGCUGACGGAUGACCAAGCAAAAUAUCUGGGACUCAACAAAAAUGGGCCAUUCAAACCCAAUUAUUACAGGUAA